AUGGUACCGAUUCCUGUGGGCCAGUACUUUGACACCCCUGGAAUAGAGGCUGUGGCGCCCCUCUACUCCCUGCCUCCCCGAGGUCAUGGCCCCGGUGGCCUUGGGUGCCUAGUUUUGAGAGCAGCCAUCUAUUUAGUGUUCUACGGUUUCCUCAGACCCGGGGAGUUUACUGUCACAAGGUCACAAGCCCCCGCUCUGGCCAAGAGACAUCUGAUUCAUCAUCCCACGUACCUUAGUCUAUGUCUGGAGCAUUCCAAGACUCUGCUACCUGGCAAGAGCAUCGAGGUCAAGUAUUUCACCACUCACAAUGCCUGGUGUCUAGUCGAGAUUCUGGACCAAUUGUUUCAUGUAAACAUCAUGGCGUCUCCUGGGUAUCCAUAUCCAAGAUCUCCAAACAGCAUCUGUAGCCUACCUGUUGAUGUUCGUCCACAUUCAAUUAAUUCCAGCCUGAGCCACAGAGAAAGGAGACAGGAGUCUAGGAAUGGUUACCUAGGUUGCUCUGACAGAAGUUUCUAUGAUAUGUCUGAAACAUUUGAUGAGGACUCCUGUGAAGGCGAUUGUGGGAUCCCUGAUGUGAAGCUUAUUGAAAAGAUUGUAAGCCAAGUAGAGUUUUACCUGUCUGAUGAGAAUUUAUCUCGCGAUGCAUUUCUGCUCAAACAUGUACAGAAAAACAAGUUGGGUUUUGUCAGCAUUAAACUGCUCACAUCCUUCAAAAAGAUUAAGUCUUUUACAAGAGACUGGCGACAAACCUUGUACGCACUCAGAUUUUCAGACAUCCUAGAGGUUAAUGAAGAGGAAACCAAAGUGAGGCGUAAAACCCCUGUUCCAAAUUCUUUGCUUGGCCUCCCUCCCACUAAACUACUGUUGGCCUGGAAUCUAGAUUCUACAGAUAAGACCAGUCCUGUAAAACCCCAGAAGAACUUUCUGGAAAUGGUCACUUCUCUGUUUGCUUCAUUUGGAAUUCUCACUUCUGUACGUAUCUUAAAACCUGGAAAAGAAGUGCCAAGUGAUGUCAAGAAAUAUUUGGCUAGAUAUCCCGAGCUAGCUACAAAAAAUUGUGCACUUGUAGAAUAUGAGAACCUGGAAGGAGCUCGAAAGGCACUAGAGGCAUUUAGCAUCAGGCAAAGUGCCACCAAUGGUGACGGUGCAAUCAGAGUUGUACCGGUAAGUGGAAGAGGUACACGCAAGAAAAGUGGCAUGGAGUCUGACGAAGCCGAAAACUGUGACUUGCCAGAUAAGAAGUUGCCAAAGCAGCAUGGUAGACUUCCAAUAAAACUGCAAUACACAGUGGAGGAUGCUUCUUGUUGCAGCUCAUCAGAAUCUGACAGUGCUCCAGCUUCUCCAGUUUUAGCGCCUCGUUUUCCUUGUGCUAUGAAUUUUGCAAGCCCAGAUCUUUCAUUUAAGCCAAGUUUUUUCAGCAGCCCUCGCUCUAGCCCAUUACUGGCACGCAAGUGCUUCUCUCAACCUCAUCACAACCUUUCUCCUUUGGCUACAGAUCAUGGGAAUAGAGUAUGUUCUAGCUCUGGGACAAGUCCAGAAAUGUUUCAGCGGAAUCCAGAGCAUUCUUACGACAGCGGGAUUUGUUCUUGGGUGCAAAGACGGAAAGCUGCUGCUCACAAUCAAUACAUGGAGAAUAAGUCUGUGCCUUGUAGCCCUCUGGUGCUCAAGAAGGCUCCGGGCUCACUUGGGCUUCCCAGUGGGAUACUUCGACUUCCACAUGGGCCAGAUGGAAGUAGAGGCUUUCACAAUAGCAUUGGCAGAGGGAAACUCGUCCUAAGGCACUAA